AUGUCAAUUCCUGCUCCUAAUAACGGUACCCUGCGUCUGGGAUCAAAGGCUCCUGAUUUCACUUCUGACUCGUCUAAUGGCCCUAUCAACUUUUACGAAUGGGCUGGUGAUUCAUGGGUGGUUUUAUUUUCUCACCCUGAUGAUUUCACACCCGUCUGCACAACUGAACUCGGAGCCUUUGCACGUCUGCAACCCGAAUUCACUAAACGUGGAGUCAAACUCAUUGGUCUGUCAGCCAACGGUACUGAAUCCCACAAUGCCUGGAUUCGUGACAUUAAUGAGCUGAGCAACACAAACUUGACUUUCCCCAUUAUUGCUGACCCAGAACGUAAAGUCGCCCAAUUGUACGAUAUGAUUGAUUUCCAAGAUGCAACCAAUCUUGACGACAAGGGUGUCCAACUUACUAUCCGUUCAGUCUUUAUCAUUGACCCUAAAAAGACUAUUCGUCUUAUUCUCUCCUACCCUGCCUCCACCGGUCGUAACACUGCUGAAGUCCUGCGUGUUGUUGAUUCACUCCAGACAGGUGAUAAGCACCGUGUUACUACCCCCAUUAACUGGACUCCUGGUGAGGAUGUUAUUGUCCACCCUAGUGUUUCCAAUGACGAGGCACAGACCAUUUUCCCCAAAUUCCGCAUUGUCAAGCCUUACCUGCGCUUCACACCUUUGGAUCUUAAUGACUCUGAUCCUAACUCGCGUUCUCCUAAGCUUUAA